AUGGCCACCGCGCCAUCGAGGCAGCUCUUAAUCGACCACCUAUCUAUAGCCCAAAGAGCAUUGACUAGAGGCCACUUGGAUCUUUAUGCCAACUCUAACUGCUUCGCAUGCCUUCCGAGCGUACUCUGGGUCCACCUGGCGGCGGCCCAUGCUUAUCAGCAAAACCAGCAAAAGACCGAAGAUGGCCCGCGUCGGCGAUGGGUGGUGUUGCUGCUGCUGUACCUCGUCGCUGGAUGCUCUGAUUGCGACGCUGAAGUGCUCAAACGAAAGCUCUUAUUUUCUCUGCGAACUUCAAAAAAGUUCUAG